AGUCAUGUAGACUGGAAACAUUAGUUUGCUGUCUCCCCAUGGAUGCUGCCUGACCCGCUAUGGUCACCAACAUUUAUUGAUUUUAGUCAUUUGUUCUGACGCUGGCUACAAAAGCACUCCAGAGGCUAGGAACCCUGCGCAGAAAGCUCGACGUCUUAAAUGAAAAUUACAAUUACAUAUCGCUUUAAAUCACGUGGGGUAGACUUCCAGCUGGGUGGUUCUGCGAUUGAAUGGGAUGUUUUUAUAGUUUGAUUUUUUUUUUGUUUAAAAAUUGGACAGCUAUUAUUCAGUUUUCACAUCCGCUUCUCUUUAAGUGCCUUGAAAGGUUGCAAGCUUUGUAUCGUGCAUCAGCCAUCACAGUCAGUGUAGUGAAAAGGAGUAUAAACAUCUGGACAUCUGCUGCCCAAUGUGUAAACCUGGUCAGCGAGUAAAUGGACAUUGUACAUUGACAAGUGGCACAGAAUGCCAUCCAUGUGCUGACAAAACCUAUCAAGAUAGUUUCAAUGGAGAUGACGAUUGUAAGGCAUGCAGGUCUUGUGCAGAAGGGACAUUUCCAGUCAUACCAUGUACAGUUAAACACAAUACAGUUUGUGACUGCUUGGAAGGUUUCCACUGCGAGAACAUCACUGUUAAUGGCUGUGAGAAGUGUACAAAACACAGCACCUGUCCACCAGGGGAGGAGGUGGUGAGCAAAGGAGCUUACAGGAAAGACACAGAGUGCCGCCAUCAAGAAACUAUUUUACCUGAAGAAGGGACUGGAGAACGUGUGCCUGGACAGACUGGGGACAUAUCUGGAUGUGUUUCUUACAUCUAUGUUAUAGUCCUCUUUGUGCUGUUGUGCGUUUUAGUUGGGAUACUUUUGUUCUUGCACUGGAAAUCCUUGACCACUCUCUUCUGCUCAGCUAUCCCAUGGUGUUUCGAGCAGAAGACUAAGGAAAAGGAAGCCGUUAUCCAGCGACCUGUUCAAGAGGAGGGCCAUCAAACAUUUUUGCAGGUUUCAUUAGAAGAGAGGUCAAUGGAUAGUUUCUCAACUCAUACCAAGCCAAUCCAUGACUUUGCCCCACUAAAAAUGAAAGAUGUGGAUACAUCGGAGUCACAAUAUUCCGAUUUUACAGUGGCGUUUUCAACAAACAGCUCCGUGGAAAAGUUUCAAGAUGCUAAAGAUCUGCAGUGAAGGAGAACCUUAUUCUUUACUUCUUCCAGGAUGAAUUGUUGCUAGCAGCAAGAUUUUGAAGUCCCAGAAAACAAUUUUUUGAUUACAAAAUGAGAUUUAAUUUUCUGGUUGCCUCUUUAGUGAACCCAAGGUGUAAGAUUUUGGGAGUAGAUAAGGAUACAAAAUCCUCGAGUGAGAACAGUCAAUUAAUCUAAUGUUCAAAGCAACAGUCUUUCCAAUAUUCAAACUCUGACAUCUCAGUAAUCACCAUUCUGUUCUGAUUUAGGGGCUCUGGAACAACCUUCCUGUCUCCCAAAAUAUUCUUGUAACAGCUUUGAAACACAAACCACAUUCCCAUUGGUUCCAAGCAUUACCAUAUUUUACUUGUUUAAAAAAACAUUUUUCAAAAAAAUCUCAAAAGUAACUUGUGUGUGUUCCCUUAUCUAGAAUCUAGAAAUCAGAUGGGCUUUUAGUGUUUAUUUAUUUUGUUCCAAAAUAUAAUUUUUUGUUUCCGUUUGGGUGGCAAGGGUCUGGGCCGGACACUGCCGCAGGAAAGAGCGAGUAGGGCAGUGGUAAGACAUCUGGUUCAGCCACUGCCAUUCGACCCUUUAAAAUGGCGGUGCUUGGACCUGACACAGUACACCAGUUGGAGGAUGCUCAGGUGUGCAGUGGAAUCCCGUCUGCGCUCACCCCAGCUUGGACUGCAUUUCACAUUGACCUCAAGGUCCCGUACUUCCCCUGGGAGCCUGAGCCCCUUCCGGAAUUUUAGUUUUGCCCCCUUUUAAGGACAUAAAACGGCGGGUCCUGUAUUUACUGCUGCUGCACACUGUCCACCUGAUUCCCCUCAUCCACCACAUAGACCAGCCAAUGGGGAUUCCCAGUAAAGGGUGCUCAACAUGGGAGUCCUCCCCCUCUCUCUUGGGGAUCUGGGGUUGAGGGUGCUGCACGCAGCAGUCCCCUGCAAACACAGAUUGCGAUAGUUCAUGGACUCCUAACCCAAAUGCAUGUUCUGUGGUGCUGUGGGGUCUGUGGACCAUGUAUGUAUUGGGUGUGGGUGCUUGCACUCCCUUUUUGAUUUUCUUAAAAACCUGUUCCUCUAUAUUUUUGGUUGCAGUGCUGAAAAGAAUAUAAUACUUAACCCGUGCUUGAAAUCAGGACUUAUUAGCUUGCGCAGGCUUGGGAUUUUGGAGGGAUUAGUUUAAUUUGUAUAGUUUUAUCUAUUUUCAGCUGCAUGUUACAAUAAAAAGAUUAUUUUCUAAA